UAUGCAAAAUGUCUGUCUAAAAUAGUUUUCGAAAAUCCAUCACGUUCCCCCGAAUCACUCCAAACGGAUCCUGAAAUUUUACUAAAAGAAAUAUUGAAAAAUCCACCCUAUAUACUCACUCUAUCGUUAGAGGAGCUUCUUGCUCCACGAGAGCAAAAUACAAAAAAACCACCCGACUAUUUUGCACGCGCAAGGAAGGAAAGCCCUGAGAGGGCAAUUACAACGAGCGAAUUAUCUAGGGAAGCAAGUGAUGCUUGGGAUGCUCAAUCGGCAGAAGUUAUUCAGUUUUUUACAAUUUUAGCAGAACUUUCAUACGUUCCAAACUGA